AUGGAAGUACUAAUCCUCGAACUUGAAACGAUCACCCAAAACAAAGAAGUAAUAACCAGCCAAGAAAAUGCUCUUUCCAUCACAGUUCUCAGUGACGUAACUGUUCUACAUAGAGGUAUGCUAGAAAUCACUCCCGAAACCCCUUAUUUUAGGCUAGAUGCUCACAAUCUAGAAAAAAUAGAAAUCCGUACUUUCGAUAAUCAAAACAUAACUGAAAUUAUUAGUCUUAAUGGCAAUAAACUAACUGUCAUCGCUACUGGUACUUUCAAAAAUAUGAAAAUUCGAAUACUCGAUUUGGGUUGCAACAAAAUUACACACGUUGAGGAAAAUGCCAUCACCGAUAUGCCAAACUUAGAAGAGAUUCUCCUGGCUCAAAAUAAAAUUGUCGAACUCCAUGCUAAUUCUUUCGUGAAUGCUCCAAAAAUGUGGAUUCUUGACAUGCAAUUCAAUGAGUUGCGUGAAUUGGGUGAACAGUGGUUCAGUUUUAUGAACAAAGAAGAAGGGCUGGAGAUAGUGUUAGGGUACAAUGAGAUUGAAAAAAUACAUCCUAAAACCUUCGAUGGACUCAGCAUUUGGUAUAUGGAUCUGAGUCAUAAUAAACUGAAUGAACUUCCAGGAGAAAUUUUUACAGGAACUUUGGCUGAGCUGAUGCUGAAUAACAACACAUUAGAACAUCUCCCGGAUUCUUUUUUCCAACAGAAUAAUUUGAAAAGACUUAAUAUUCGCGACAAUCCUCUCAAGUGUGGUACUUUACAAAAAUUGAAGAUGUUUGCUGAAAAAGAUAUGGUGAUAGUGGAAUAUGACAACCGUUAUUGUUAA